AUGGCGGACGAUACUACAGCUACAGAGGAGGCUCCUAUCACCUUCACCGUGAAGUCCUCCACUGACGCCAAAUUCACGCUUAGCCUUCCUCUUUCCACACUAGUCUCCGAGCUCAAGGAGAAGCUUUCUGGCUCUGAAUAUGCCGAUACCCCCGCCGAACGCCAGCGCUUGAUCUACUCCGGUCGAGUGCUGAAAGAUAAUGAAACACUCGAGAGCUACAAAAUCAAGGAUGGCCACACAAUUCACUUGGUGAAGAGUGCUGCCAGCAACCAACAACGCUCAAAUGCAUCCGCUCCAGCCAGCUCCACGGCAUCAGGGGCAGGUACCACCACCCCAAGCCAGCCCGCGGCUGGUGUCCCUGCCAAUCUCGCCGCUGGUACUGGCAACAACCCUCUCGCCGGUCUGACUGGCGCUCGAUAUGCUGGUUUCGCCCAACUUCCCGGGGCUGGCCUCUUUGGCCCUGAUGAUGGGCCCUCCCCCGACAGCGAAGCCAUGCUGAACAUGCUGGAGAACCCUCAAAUCCAGUCCCAAAUCAAUGAGGCACUACAGAACCCAGCAAUGAUCGAUAUGAUGAUUCAACAGAACCCCAUGCUUCGCGAUAUGGGUCCGAUGGCGCGGGAACUGAUGCAGCGACCUGCUUUCCGCCGCAUGCUGACCGAUCCCUCGUCUCUCCGCCAGAUGAUGCAGAUGCAGCGGGCUAUGGGAAUGGGCGGUGGUGGCAUGGGUGGCGGUGAUAGUGCUUUCCCGGCCCCUGGCGUGACCAACACAACCGAAGGAGCCCAGAACACCCAUCAGCAGAACACACCAGCCAACCCAUUCGGCCAAAUGCCAAACCCUAUGAUGGGGGGCAAUCCGUUCGCCGCUCUAUUUGGCGGCCAGGGCUUCGGGCAGCCUCCCGCCAGCACUGGCACUCCUGGCGGCACCCAGACCGAGGGUGCUCAAGGAGCCCAGGACACAACAGCCCGAUCUGCGACUGGAGAGGCCCAGGGCCAGACUCCCGGUGCUGCUCAGAACCCUUUUGCCUCUCUUCUUAAUCCAGCUUUGUUCGGCAACGCUGGCCAAGGCGGCAUCAACCCAUUUGAUCCCCAGCAGAACCCAUUCCUGCGCGAUCCAGCUCUUAUGAACCAGUUGAUGCAGGGUAUGGGAGGUCCAGGUGCUGAGGGCGGUGCUGCAGGUGCCAAUCCACUGGCUACUCUAUUUGGGGGCGGCGGUGGCUUCGGCACUCCACAGCCUCCCGAUAACAGACCCCCAGAGGAGAGAUAUGCCGAUCAGCUUCGGCAAUUGAACGAUAUGGGCUUUUUUGAGUUUGAGCGAAAUAUCGAGGCUCUGCGUCGUUCGGGCGGCAGUGUCCAAGGUGCCGUCGAGUACCUUCUUACCCAUGGGUCAUGAGUUCCUCUUCUUGUUUCUCGUGUUCUUUCUGAGCAGUGGCCUCUUAAUCAUGUCCCUUUACCUACCAUAUGUAUUUCAUGGGCCCCUGCCUUCAUGAUGUGUCGUUACGACUGGCCUACCGAAUGCCGAUGAUCUUUUUACAUUCCCCAUUUCCGCAUACAUUUCUUGAAUAUGAAUUGUUCCUUGAUGGAUGCACCAUCACUAGCAG